AUGGCUCACGAAAUCAAUCACGUUUCAGUGCUGGCAAAGCAGGGCAUUGUUGGCCUGCCCGCAGAACUCCGAGAAGAGAUUUAUGGAUACUAUUUCAGGCUUGAAGAUGGCUACACUUAUAACCCAGCGACCAACAAAUUUGUCGCAUCGCAUCAGGAAAAGAACGCAAUGGCACUCGCGACAGUAAACAAGCUCAUCGCGCAAGAAACGCGCGAUUUCGUGGUCAAAUACAACGAGAUACAUUUCAACACGGUUGCGUUACCUAUGACGAAGCCCAAUUACUCGCAGAUCCGUCACCUCCUCACCGAGCUAUCCAAUACGCGAGACAGAGCUUUACGAAGACUGCUCACAUGGUCAGAUUGGUAUGACGACGCUGCUCGUGACUACGUUCGAAAAAACUACGCCCAGUUUCUACCCCUCCUUGAUCAUGCAAAGACAUUGCGUGACACGGAUGUCGACAGGUAUAGAGAACAGUGGAAGGAAGUCCCUUCUAUCACCCGCGAUUUCAUUGCAUCAACACUGGAUACCAUAAGGCCCCGGUUUUGCCCAGGCUCGGCAACAGACCCGCCGGAAAUGCCGCACAUCUAUCUGAAAAGGCUUUUGAAAACUUCACAAGGCUCAGCAGUCGAGCCGUGGCUGAUUCCCACCGACGACGAACUCGACGAGCUGCAAAGGAAUGCAGACGAGCUGCGACCAUAUGCCCGCUCUGCAUACGGCAUGAACGAGUUCUUCGCAGAACGCAAUAGGCGGUUUUCAGGUGCUGCCGUUGCUAUCGGAUAUAUGAAGCGUCUUCGCCCAGAAGCCAGGAAGAAGAUACGAUGGAUUGUACUGGACGAAGACGACGACUCCAUCGCAUGGCCUGAGUAUCUGGGUAUGCCCCAACGUGCAUUCAAAUUAACGUUCACUGGCGAUAUGAACCCAUCGCUCGCGUCCCAGAUCUUCAAGGUUGCCCUGAAAGAUGCAGCCUGGCAAGAUGCGCUCGAAAAGUGUACAUGGGCCACUCAGUAUGGUCAUCUCGAACCAGCCACCGUCCGAACAUGCCAGGCUUUCAUCAUGGCUGGUUUUCCUCAGGCCAUGCGGGACAUCGCCAGCGGAACAUCACUUGCCAAGUGCAAUUUCCCCAUCGGAAGGCUGCCUGGCAAGACAGAAGUGCCGACGAGCCAUGUACACUGGUCAUUGGACAAGUGGAAGGAGCAAUGGAGCGCUAGGCGUCAGAAGAUCAACAAUCAGUGGCCGUCAUCUAUGGCGUCCCUCGAUCUGACAUUCGUAUCAAACACGCAGGCAUCCCAAACACCGAACUACCCGAUUAUCACCGAUGUGCCGGGGUAUCCGAACGACCAUAUAAUAGUAGAAAUUCCGGUAACACCCCUGGGGGUCGGCGGUAUUGAAGACGACGCUGGAGAUAUGCAGGAGACUGAGUGA